CUACAGAACAAACUCUCUACUUUCUCUCUUAUUAGACCAACAAAAAUGGCCAAAACUGGCAAACUAAGGAAGCUAAAGUCAGCGAUUAAGAGAUGGCCGUCUCUCAGCAAGCUUGGUUGCAGGAGCAGUUCGAUAGCAGCAGCAGCAGCAGCAGUGGAGACAGAGGACAAGACGAUGGCGGCGCGGGAGGAGCUUCAGGCGGUUUAUGUUGGGAAAUCUAGGAGGAGGUAUUUGUUGAGCUCGGAUACCAUUUGCCAUCCUCUGUUUCAAGAGCUUGUAGAGAGGUCAGGUGGGUUUAACGAUGAUGACGAUGAUAAUAACCAAGUUGUGGUUGCUUGUGAGGUGGUUUUGUUCGAGCACUUGUUGUGGAUGAUUGAUAAUGAUGGUUCUCAAUUGGGGUCCAUGGACGAGCUUGCUGAUUUCUACACUUGUUGAGUGAAGCUUGUAACUAAAGUCACAUUAUUUGACAAGAAAAUGAUGGUGGUUAUAUAUAUAUAUAGUUAGUGUAAUUGUGUUUAUCUAAUUGGUGGAUUAAAGCCGUGUAGGGAACUUCUGAGGGUGCAUUGCACUUUGUCUUGAGGUUUACUCCACCACCGUGUUGCGAUGUAAAAAUAUAUAUUUGGGAUUAAACAAAUUGAUUGAAUGAAGGGCCAAUUAUACCUUUUAAUAGACUCUUGUAUUAUCUUUUUCAGCUUAGGACUUUGUAAU